GAGGGAGUCAAACGGGAGUUCUGUCUGUUUUCGGGGGAAACGAUGAUCUUUACAUAUUUAUUUUAAGCUGGAAAGCUGCUUCCUAUGAUGUAAAUAUAUUUUCGGAAACCGAUAAAAGUUGUAUCAAAUGCUUAAAUUGGACCUGCAUAGACAUCGAAGGGAUUUUUAGAGACAAUAUUUGCAUCUCACCAUUUGAAACCGCCUGCAACAAUUAUUUCAUGGCUUCUCCCGAGCAACUGGCAAUAGAGCUAUUCGUAUUUGGUCUGCUAGCAAGCUAGCUAGCUAAAGGACUUGGCUAGCUAGCUAGCUAUCUAGUUGUUAGGUAUUCUGAAAACGCUAAAUAAAUGGAGAUUAUUUCUCUCAUUUCAAAUUGAAAGAUAGCUAGCUAGCUAGUUAGCUAAACCGCCAUAAGAAUCCCGCACAUCUAUUUCAACGUUAUUUCUGACGUUAUAUAUUUCUAAAGUCGGACAUUAAACGUUAGCUACUAGCCAGCUAGCUGCACACUUUAGGUAGCUGGCCACUGCUUUUGCUAAAGAAGACUAGCUAGCUAGGUCUCUGUCCUUUGUUAAAAAAAAAAAAAAAAAAGGACUAUCUGAAUUAUUCCCGUUAUCUGUGCAAUCCGCCGUUUUUCCAUGGCUCCUCAAAAGCACGGCACGGGGAGUGGUGGUUCGGGUUCGGGUCCUGGUUUGGGUUGUGGUACUGGUGGUAAAGCCAAUGGUGGUGUGUACCAGUCCUCCACUGUUGUGAUGGCCCCGGUGAAGAAGCCGAAGAUGGAACUCCUACAAGCCGACCAUGAGCUUUUCCUCCAGGCCUUCGAAAAACCAACUCAAAUCUAUAGAUUCCUUCGCACCAGGAACCUGAUUGCGCCCAUUUUCCUGCACAGAACGCUCACGUACAUGUCCCACCGGAACUCAAGAACAAAUGCCAAAAGGAAGUCCUUUAAAGUGGACGACAUGCUGUUGAAAGUGGAGAAGAUGCGGGGGGAGCAGGAAUCGCACAGCCUGGCCUCCCACCUGCAGCUCACCUUCACCGGGUUCUUCCAUAAAACAGAAAAGCCAUCGCAAAACUCAGAGAACGAACAGCACUCUGUGUCUUUAGAGGUGCUGCUUGUCAAAGUCUGCCACAAAAAACGCAAGGACGUCAGCUGCCCGGUCAAGCAAGUGCCUACAGGUAAGAAGCAGGUGCCUUUGAACCCCGACGGCGGCCACACCAAGCCCGGAUCGUUCCCCUCCCUGAUGGUCUCCAGCAACGAGUUCGAGCCCAGCAACAGCCACACGGUGAAGUCCUAUUCGCUGCUCUUCAGAGUGUCCCGCCCGGGGAGGAGGGACCUCAACGGCCUGGCCAAUGGCGAGACCAACGAGAACAUCGAUGUCACGGAGGAGCUUCCGAACAGGAAGAAGAGGAACGCCUCCCAUCGAGAAGACGGGGAGACCACCUUCGUCGCCCAGAUGACGGUCUUUGACAAGAACAGGCGUUUGCAGUUGCUGGACGGGGAGUAUGAAGUGUCCAUGCAGGAGAUGGAGGACUGUCCCGUCAGCAAGAAGAGAGCCACGUGGGAGACCAUUCUGGAUGGGAAGUGGCUGCCCCCGUUCGAGACCUUCUCUCAGGGCCCCACGCUGCAGUUCACCCUGCGCUGGACGGGCGACUCCGGCGACAAGUCCACCGCGCCCGUGGCCAAACCCCUCGCCACCCGCAACUCGGACACCAGCCCCGCGGAGAGCCGCCCCAGCGCGGUCAAACCCGCGCAGACCGUAGCUGUUAAAGACUCCAUUAGCGCAGAGAUCCAGGCCAGGAGGGAGCACAUCUCCAUUGAGCCUCGACAGAAGCUGCGCAUAUUUUAUCAGUUCCUGUACAACAACAACACCAGGCAGCAGACGGAGGCCCGGGACGACCUGCACUGCCCCUGGUGCACGCUGAACUGCCGCCGGCUCUACAGCCUGCUGAAGCACCUCAAGCUCUCCCACAGCCGCUUCAUCUUCAGCUACGUGCCUCACGCGAAGGGAGCCAGGAUAGACGUGUCGAUUAACGAGUGCUACGACGGCUCGUACGUGGGGAACCCUCAGGACAUCCACAGCCAGCCCGGCUUCGCCUUCAGCCGCAACGGCCCCGUCAAGAGAACCGCCGUCACGCACGUGCUGGUGUGCAGGCCCAGCCGCACGAAGCCCAGCCUGUCGGAGUUCCUGGAGUCGGAGGACGGGGAGCGUGAGCAGCAGCGCUCCUACACCAGCGGACACAACCGCCUGUACUUCCACAGCGACAGCUGCAUGCCCCUGCGCCCGCAGGAGAUGGAGGAGGACAGCGAGGACGAGAGAGACCCCGCCUGGCUGAGAGAGAAGACCCUCACGCAAAUAGAAGAGUUCACCGAUGUGAACGAGGGGGAGAAGGAGGUGAUGAAGCUGUGGAACCUCCACGUGAUGAAGUACGGGUUCAUCGCGGACAACCAGAUGAACCAGGCCUGCAUGCUGUUCGUGGAGAAGUGCGGGCCCUACAUCGUGGAGAAGAACCUGUGCAGGAACUUCCUGCUGCACCUGGUCAGCAUGCACGACUUCAACCUGGUGAGCAUCGUCACCAUCGACCGGGCCAUGGAGCGCAUGCGCGCCAUGCAGCCCCGCUCCGGCCACCAGGGGGAGCCGCUGCCCCCGCCCGCGGAGAACGGCCACGCGCCCUGCGCCGACCCGCUGCGUCACUACGACAACCACGAGGAGCGCGCGGAGCGCCACGAACACCAGGAGGGGGAGGAGGGGGAGGGGGAGGAGGAGCGGGAAGUGGACGAGGGCGAAGACGAAGCCUCCCUGCCAGGGGCUCCCAAACACAGCAAGCGCCAGAAACUCUGA